GGAAUAGGCUCCAGCUCCCCCCUGCUCUGAAGCGAGCGAGGGGUGGGAAGUGACGCGUACGCUCCGCCCUGUGGGCGGGGCGGACGUGACGUUUUCCCGCGGUUUGAGCUGUGACGGGGAACCGGUUUGUCCGUUUCCCUUCUCCCCGCCUCGGUGGACAUUUAAACUUCUGACCCAACAGUUGCGGCGGCUCCGCGCGCUCGUGCGCGCGCCCGACAUGCCGCCCAAGCCCCCCCGGAAGGGGGGAGCAGCCGCCGCCAAGGGCCAGCGAGCCAGCCCGGACUGCGGUACCCCACCGCCUCCGCCUGCCGCCGCCAGGCUUGAGUUUGGAGAAACCGACUUUGUUGCACUUUGUGACACUCUACGAGUAUCAGAUAUUGUAAGAGCAAAUGCUUGGAAGACGUAUGAAAAAGUGUCAUCUGCUGAUGGAACUCUAGUGGGUUAUAGUGAAAAGAAAAAGGACAUGUGGGGGAUCUGUAUCUUUAUUGCAGCAGUUGACUUGGAUGAGAUGACAUUCACUUUUACGGAGCUUCUGAAAAGUAUAGGUAUGAGUGUGUGCACAUGUUUUCGGUUGCUGAGAGAGAUGGAUGUUAAUAUGGAUACCAUAAGCACUAAAGUUGAUAGUAAUGUAUCACGACUGAAUAAGAAGUAUGAUGUAUUAUCUGCACUAUAUCACAAGUUUGAAAGGACUUGUGGACUUAUCUACAUGGUACAACCCAGCAGUCAGACUGCUGCUGAAUUGAGUUUCCCAUUGGUUCUGAAAACUUCCUGGAUCACGUUUUUGUUGGCAAAAGGAAAAGUAUUGCAGAUGGAAGAUGACCUGGUGAUCUCUUUUCAGUUACUCUUAUGUGUUCUUGAUUAUUUUAUCAAACUAUCACCACCGGCAAUGCUCAAGGAGCCAUACAAAUCUCAUGUGAGUGCAAUGUCUAUUAAUGGCUCAACUCGAGCUCCAAGGCGAGGUCAGAACAGGAGUACACGUACAUCAAAACAAACUGACACAGAUACAAAAGUUAUUGAAGUCCUUUGUAAAGAAUAUGGUUGUAGCUUAGAUGAGGUCAAAAAUGUAUAUUUCACAAGCUUUAUUCCAUUUUUGAAUUCUGUUGGUAUUGUAACUUCACAUGGACUUCCAGAGGUUGAGGAUCUCUCGAGACAAUAUGAAGAGCUUUACCUGAAAAAUAAAGAUAUAGAUGCACGAUUAUUUCUGGAUAAUGAUGAAACUUUACAGUGUAAUCACAUAGAAUGCUUACAGUUGGAACGAACACCAAGGAAAAACAACCCAGAUGAAGAACUUAAUCUUAUACUUCCACAGACUCCAGUGCGGGCUGCAAUGAAUACUAUCCAGCAGUUAAUGAUGAUUUUAAAUUCAGCAAGUGAUAAACCAUCAGAUAAUCUCAUCUCAUAUUUUAAUAACUGUACAGUGAACCCUAAAGAAGGUAUCCUGGCAAGAGUGGAAAAUCUUGGGAACAUCUUCAAAGAGAAAUUUGCUGAAGCAGUUGGACAGGGAUGUGCUGAAAUUGGCUCACAGAGAUAUAAACUUGGUGUAAGGCUAUACUACAGACAAAUGGAAUCCAUGUUAAAGUCGGAGGAAGAGCGCCUGUCAGUUCACAAUUUUAGCAAACUUCUGAACAAUAAUAUCUUCCACACAUCUCUUCUGGCCUGUGCUGUUGAGGUUGUUAUGGCUACAUAUGGCAGGAAUGCUUCACAAACUGAUGGCACCAGUACUGAAACGGAUUUGUCUUUUCCAUGGAUUCUCAAUGUACUUGAUUUAAAAGCCUUUGACUUCUACAAGGUGAUUGAAAGCUUUAUUAAAGCAGAACCAAGCUUGACAAGAGAGAUGAUAAAACAUCUAGAACGCUGUGAACAUCGAAUUAUGGAAUCCCUUGCAUGGCAAUCAGGUACAGUCCCCCAUUCUGAUUCGUCUCUAUUUGAUCUUAUUAAACAAUCCAAGGAACGAGAAGGCCAAGUUGAUCAACCUGAGCCCACCUGCACUCUUAACUUGCCUCUCCAGCAUAAUCACACUGCGGCAGAUCUGUAUCUUUCUCCUGUGAGAUCUCCUAAGAAGAAAGGAUCCACAGUUUCUUUAAACCCCACUCCUAUUAUAGAUGCUCAGCCUGUUUUGGCACCCCAAAUUCAGAAACCACAGAAAUCUACCUCCCUUUCGCUAUUUUACAAAAAAGUGUAUCGUCUGGCAUAUCUUCGAUUAAAUACCCUCUGCUUACGGCUUCUGUUUGACCACCCUGAACUAGAACACUUGAUCUGGACCCUUUUUCAGCACACAUUGCAAAAUGAAUAUGAACUUAUGAGAGACAGGCACUUAGACCAGAUCAUGAUGUGUUCCAUGUAUGGCAUAUGCAAAGUAAAGAAUGUAGAUCUUAGGUUUAAAAUCAUUGUUACAGCAUACAAGGAGCUCACCAAUACAAAUCAAGAGACUUUCAAACGAGUGCUGAUCAGGGAAGGACAAUAUGACUCCAUUAUAGUCUUCUACAACUUAGUGUUUAUGCAGAAACUGAAAACUAACAUUUUGCAGUAUGCCUCCAAUAGGCCUCCCACCUUGUCACCCAUCCCCCACAUUCCUCGAAGUCCUUACAAGUUUUCUAAUUCACCCUUACGUGUCCCUGCUGGAAAUAACAUCUACAUCUCACCCUUGAAGAGUCCAUACAAAUUCUCUGAAGGGAUGUUGUCACCCACAAAGAUGACUCCAAGAUCCAGAAUCCUGGUGUCAAUUGGUGAAUCAUUUGGGACUUCUGAGAAGUUUCAGAAAAUAAACCAAAUGGUUGGUAGCAGUGACCGUCAGCUGAAACGUAGUGCUGAAGUAAGCACUGCUCCUAAACCACUGAAGAGACUUCGCUUUGAUAUAGAAGGACAGGAUGAGGCAGAUGGAAGCAAACACCUACCUGGAGAGUCCAAAUUCCAGCAAAAGCUUGCAGAAAUGACAUCUACUCGAACAAGAAUGCAAAAGCAAAAACUAAAUGAUGGAACAGAUACAUCAGCCACUCAAGAAAAGUGAUCAUCUUCUCAGGACCAUGCGGUGCACUGCAUGCUUCUCUGCCUUUGUCUUUCUUUUUCAGCCACCGUGUUAAUUACUUUUUUUUUUAUCAUCAAUUGCUAGUUUAAAAUGUUUGGCUUUUUUUUUUUACUUCAGUGUUUUUCAUUAUAUUAUGCCUUAUGAUGUAGCAUGUACACAAUGUAAGCCACUGAGUUUAUUAAUUUAUAUAUUUUUGAGGAUUUGGAAGAGUUUUUCAGCUUCCUAUUGCAACAUUGUUCAUUUAAUGCCAAUUCAUUCUACUUAUUUUGAACUCUUCUAUCAAAAAUAAAGUUAGAUAGAAUGAUUUGAAAUGCACUAAUUCUUUUGUUCAUUAGAUUUCAUUUUAAUGUUGGAAUUUUAUGCACUUUUUGCAUAUUUUGUAAAUUAGGGGCCAGAUACUGCAACGACUUCUGACUCUGUAGAAUUACCAUUACCCAUUAACUUUACUAUGCAUGCAGUCAUAACUGUUGCAGAAUUAGGCCCUACCAUUCAUUGUAAGUACAACAUGCAAACACAGUGUAAAGUAAACUCACAUAGCCAUACUACUGAAACAAAUAACAGAUACCUCAGCUUCUUAACAUCUAGUACUUUUUCCCCUUUCAGUUUGAGUGGACAGUUACACUGCUGGUCAUCUGUUAGUCAGUUUGAAUCUCACUGAGUAUGAAUUACUCAGAGAGUAGGUAUGUUUCAGGGACAGAUUUUUUUUUUUUCCCCAGGUACAAAAUACUCAGUGAACUUUCUGAUAUUUCUGGAUCAUGAAAAA